UAGCCUUGUCCCCAGUUUCUGAAUUUCAGUUCUUGACUUCAUAAGCAAAGAAGUCAAACUACUCCUUUAACUACGCUAGCAACAAUGAAGUACCACGCUCACAGCCCUUGGAGUAUGCUGUUUUUCAUGAUUGCACUAUGGUUUGGUGCAGAUUGUCUUCAGACAAAAGCCAUUGAUGAUCAUGAUGAUUGUAAAAAUGCUAAUUUAACCAGUUUGACUCAACAGCUAAAGACAUUUUCCCAGUGCUUUGAGAAAAUGCUUCCCCAUAGCAGAAAUAAAAUUAAUGCCCUGGCAUGGAGAGUGCAACAUGUACUUGAGCUCCUGCGAAAAGUUCAGGCAAAAGCUUGCAAGGCACUAGACAAGUGCUCCCUUCCCCUGGCCCCUCCGAAUGGUGGUCUGGUGUGUGUCACCAUUGAUCAUGUCCACUACUGCAAGCCAAUGUGCAACCAGGAUUAUGACUUUGGAUUCCUAAGAAGAAGCAGGAUAUAUGAGCAAUGUGGAAGUUCUACUGGGUUUUCGUGGACAACACAGCUAGUUGGCGGAAACAGGCUAGCUGUUUGCAAUCCUGCAUCAACUGCUAUAAGUGGAGUUGCAUCUGCUUACUUCCCUCCUAAUGUAACCUGCUGGGAGACCAUAGCUGAUGCCACUGCUGAAAAACACCUCAUAAAUACCUUUCUUGGAGACCUUGCCAAAGAAGGGUUGGACGUAUUGGACAAACAUGACGAAGAUUUUGAUUGUAUAAUUUGUGGUAACUAGAUAUCAGCAAAUCCAAUAAACGUGAAGCACAGAG